AUGAUCAGACUACUCAUAGAAGACUUCGACAGACCCUCACCUUCCCGCUCUCCCUCUCCACCACCCCUUAUCCGCACACAGGGCGAAGGGAUCAUAUUUCCCGAUAGAGAGACGUACCUAACAACUCCCGUUGCCUAUAUGAUGGGACUCAUCAAAGGAACACCAAACACUGAGUUUGUGUCAGGACCCACACGACCGGAGGUACAAAGGGCGUUGGAAAUUUUGGAAGAGGAAAGGAGCUUUGUCCGACAUGCACAAAGGGCUUUGCAGAUUUGGGAAGGAACACUCAUCGCCCAUAUUAAUGCGGGCAAAAGAAGACUUAUGGGUUUGAACCAAACUCCACACCUCCAAGACUCCUUUCAUCCCGCUGACAACAUCACUCCCAUCACCAAAUAUCACAUGCCUACCACGGCUGUGGUAUCUCGUGCCUCGUCUUCGACCUCAAAUGGAGCACCGCUUCGCCCAAUGCUGGGGGCUUAUCCCAUGGAACGCGGCAGGGGAAGGGAUAUCUAUAGAUUCGCGCAGAUUUCACCCCGCUACCACGUUAUACCCACGCGACUGGGAGUAAUCCGCUCCUCUACCCGAACUCGACCUCCCCUCCCCUUCAUCGAAUAUGACUCCAGUGAAUCCAACACCCAACCCAUCGUCCUCCGCCCUCAAGGUGCUUAG